CUCCGCCGCCGCGUCCCUGCAGGCCUCGGCGUAGUCUCGGAGCAGCGCGCGAGCCCAGGAGCCUGAGGGAAGAGGAGCGCGAUCAGAGUGAUCCGGCGGCGGCGGACUCCCACCCUACGGCCUUCCGCCGCUACUCACCCAGCCGCGCCCACACUCCGGGCUUCGCAGCUACAGCGACGCCCACCUCUGCGCGGCGCCGGGACCAAAGUCGCCUCAGAGCUGCCGCGGCCAUCCCCUUCUGGCUUGGGGGUCCGCGCUCCGGGAAGAAGCUCCCGAUACCCGAAGAACCCAGCAGUCUCUCCUGCGCAAGCGCCAACUUUACCGGAAGUGGCUUCCCAACGGGAGAGUAUAGGAAGAGGACAGGCGCCGGAUGUUGCUGUCGUGUCGGAGUUGGGUCUCUCUGACUGGCAGGCAGGCCGCGCAGGCGCAGAGAGUCCCAGCCACGCCGACCCAGGUGGCUUCAGGUGAGGGGGGCGGGGCGCACCUUUGGAGACUGGGCGACGAGUUCAAGCCUCCGUGGGUGCCGUUGGCCGCCAGGUAGGGCUGGGGGCCGAGGGACCGGCUCGGGGGCACGGGGGAAGCGGACCUGAUCGGCCUGUGCCCUUAGCGAGGGAUGCGGAGACGCCCCUGAACGACCAUGGCAGCGGCCGACGAGCUGACCUUUCACGAAUUCGAGGAGGCCACUAAUCUUCUGGCUGAGACUCCUGAUGCAGCCACCACCAGCAGAAGCAAUCAGCCAACCUCACAGGGGCAUGUGGCUGUGGCUGUGGGCUCAGGUGACAGCUAUGGAGCCGAGGAUGAGGUGGAGGAAGAGAGUGACAAGGCUUCGCUCCUGCAGGAGAAGCAGCAGCAGCAGCAGCAGCCCGGAUUCUGGACCUUCAGCUACUAUCAGAGCUUCUUUGACGUGGAUACCUCACAGGUCCUAGACCGGAUCAAAGGUUCACUGCUGCCCCGGCCCGGCCACAACUUUGUGCGGCACUAUCUGCGGAAUCAGCCGGAUCUGUAUGGGCCCUUCUGGAUCUGCGCCACGCUGGCCUUCGUCCUAGCCGUCACCGGCAACCUGACACUGGUGCUGGCCCAGAGGAGGGACCCCUCCAUCCAUUACAGCUCCCAAUUCCACAAGGUGACCGUGGCAGGUAUCAGCAUCUACUGCUAUGCGUGGCUGGUGCCGCUGGCCCUGUGGGGCUUCCUGCGGUGGCGCAAGGGUGUCCGGGAGCGCGUGGGGCCCUACACCUUCCUGGAGACUGUGUGCGUCUACGGCUACUCCCUCUUUGUCUUCAUCCCCAUGGUGGUCCUCUGGCUCAUCCCUGUGCCUUGGCUGCAGUGGCUCUUUGGGGCACUGGCUCUGGGCCUGUCGGCUGCGGGGCUGGUAUUCACCCUGUGGCCCGUGGUCCGUGAGGACACCAGGCUGGUGGCUGCAGCGCUGCUGUCUACAGUUGUGCUGCUCCAUGCCCUCUUGGCCAUGGGCUGUAAGUUGUACUUCUUCCAGUCGCUGCCUCCGGAGCAUGUGGCUCCUCCACAUCAAGCCGCAUCUCUGCCCACAAACAUCCCACUGUCCCCUACCCUGCCUCGGUCCAUGGCUCCCUCCUAGGAAGGCCCGGGUCCCACAGGCAGUACCUAAGUGGACCAACCCCUCUGCCUGUCCUGCCCCCAGACAGUGACUGAACGCUCCCCUGACACCUUGAGAUGACUCUGCUACUUUCCAGACUUUUCUUACAAAGCAAACACUUUUAUUUUCUAUGCAAAGGUGAUUCAGAGAAUUUAUAUAAAGGCGGGCGAAGGGCAGCCGAUCAGGGAGCUUUGGGACAGGGCCGGGGCCCCAAUAUCCCCUGGGGCUGCCUGCUUUCCCCCCUAUGGCUCUCCUGGCACAGGAGGGAGAGCCAAGGGGGCACCCUAGCCUGGACAGUGCCCACUCUGCCUGGGCGCACACACGGCGGGCCUGAGCUCCAGCAUCUGAACUUGGGGCUGUGAGAAACAGGGGAGCAGAAGAAGAAACUGCCUGUGCUGCAACACAUUUCCUCGUUUAUUUUUUCUUUUUUGGAGGGAGAGGUCCCUGCAAGGCCCCUUCCCAGGCAGGGGAGGGACGGAAAUGCAGUAGUAGGGACUGGAGCGUCUACUAAGACGGAGGGGAGAUACUCAGGCCUAAUGGUAGCUACAAGGAAAGAGGACACCUUCCAUGACACAUCCUUGAGGUGUCUAUGUCUGCCCCAAGUGGCUGGCGGUGGCUUUCCCUCCA